CGAAUAAUCAUGAAGCAGAACGGAGCUUCUCUAAGGCUUACAAGCUUCAUCAUUUUCCUCCUAUUGGAGUGUUCAUUCGCAUACAACCCUGUGUAUCCUUUACGUGUCCAGCAUUUCUUGCAAUACCUCCAGCAAGAAAGGCAGCAGCUCGUGACUUCUUUAACUAGUCGAAGCCCGAAACGUUCCUCCAUCAUAGGACACAUGAACUCCAUACUUUACAGAACAAGAGAGCAAGUCAUGGAAGGUAUGAUGGAUACGUAUAUUCUGGUACCGAGGGCUAUUAUCAGCUCUACAGCAAAGCUUCAUCGUGGUGUCAACUGUUCAGAAUACAGAGAAGUCAGCAAAGUAUAUGGAAACGGUUUUGAAGCAAAUUACAAUUUAAGGCCUACUUGGCUUCAUCGAUCAAAAACCGUAAGCACGUGUCCCACACAAUAUAUUGAGCGUCAAAUACAAGGACCGCUCCCCAUACAACCUGUGACCAUUUUAGAAGCAAAGUGUGUCUGUGAAGGAUCUCAAUGUUCUCAAGAUGGGUCCAUCUGUGUGGCUGUAAAAUACCGCCUACCAGUAUGGAUUAGCAUGGAUUCGGAUGGCUAUACAACAGACACAGUGGAACUAGCCGUAGCCUGCGCUUGUGCCAAAAAUCCAAGUCGUGAUGGUGGCUAUAUUGACUUAAGCGAGAAUAAAUGAGAAUGUUUGCGACUCACCCACCAACUGUACCACCACUACUAGCACUACCAUUACUACUGCUGUUGUUGCUGAUGCUUCUACUACUACUACUACUACUACUACUACUACUACAACAUUACUACUACUACUGCUGCUACUACUACUACUACUGUCAUGUGUUACGCUCCAGAACCAUUUAUGUGACACCGAAGCUUAGUAUUUCAUCUUAGGAUGCCAAAUGUGUAAUCAUAAUCUCACGUAUGAUACAAGAUGUUAUUUAUGUACGCUCAUGUACAGGAUAACAGCUAGAAAAUGAAGGGCAGAGUUUAUUAAAAAUUACGCACACUUCUAUCUCUAACAAUUUUGUAACAAAAUCUAAGUGCUUCUUCAUCAAAAUUGUGUGAUACAAGUUUCUCUGAUAUUAACGUAAUGAUAAAAUAACAUUACAUUUUAUGAGCAUCUGUUUGAUUGCGAUACAGUUUGAUGUGUAUUUUGUAAUAUGAUACAUGAUGAGUAUAUAAGAUGUUUCGUAAGUAUUGUAUUGUAUGUAUGUUGAAAAAAACGAUAAUUAGUCUU